AUGUUCUGGGCCAGAACUCUUUCAAUGAAGCUAGGCCAGAACUAUUAUAAUGAGUUUGGUCAGAUUCAUUAUACUGAAGUAUUUUGGGCCAAAACUCUUUCAAUGAAGGUAGUUGAGCCAAAUCUAUUAAAGCAAAAAUAA